GCUCAGGUGCGAUGGACUGUCGGGAACACGACGCUCCAUAUAUCGGGACUGACAAAACACGAAAAGGACAAGGUACGGCAGGCACAUGCAGGGGCGUCGCGUGGAUGUAUGGACGUGUACUUCCGUAUGCGACAGGAAUGGGGAGUGCCGCGAUGUGCCGCAGGGGACAGCUUGCCCGACACUGCUCUCCUCAAAGCAGACGAAAACAACUGGGAGUGGGUUGGCGGAAGAGGUGACAGCCACUGAAAUUUCAUGAACACUGUGGCCUGACCCACAUAAUUGCUUCUUGAUGUGGGUUUUGGCAGCAAACGCGAUCAAGGCAAUAUGGAGCGAGAAGAUUUUGUCCGAACCCGCGAGGUCACCGUCACCAGCUUCUCCAAAGUCGAUGCCACUCCCGAGCAAGAGUUGGGAGACAUCUACGAACGCUUCAAGGACACAAGAGGCACACAUACACGGCAGGCACGCACGCGGACGAGUAAGAGAACAGGCAACGGACGGGAUGAGUGCAUUGGUGAAUGUGAUGUCUCCGUUUGUGUGUCGUCAAAAACAGAGGAGGAGACGGGGAGUGGGUCUCAGGAGGAGCGAGACAUACGACGCACUGGGCCUCUAGGCAAGGAACUGUAUGCGGGCCUGCACGGCAGCGAGGCUGAGGACAGCCCUUCCCUCUACGUCGGAACAAAUCAAUUCCUCUAUCACGUAAGCACACAAACAUGCGCUUCACGACCCGCAGCUGCGCUCCUGUGCUGUCACGCGUCCUGUCGGCCGUUGUGUCAGACGAUGAUCGUGGCGCAGGCACUCCAGCGGAAGGCCAAUGCACUGGCAAAGAAAAGUGAUGGCAGGGCGAGAUUGUGGCCCUCAAGGCUCUAGAAGUGAAGAUGGUGAAUCGGCUGGAUCGGGCCUUGCGUUAGCUAAGACAUAGACGGGUGCUUGUAGAGAGUGCUGAUGGCUUCCAAGCCGUCAGUCACAUUUUCUGCCUGCAGACAUUUUCAUAUGCAUGGCCUUUUAACUUGUAUUUUGGCGCCAUCGUGAGGCUUCGCAAUGGUCUUUGGUGUCUGUGCUUGGUGAUGUCAAUGGUGAUGUCGCAAGGGUCUUUGCUGUCGGCUCGUGCCGGUGGUUGGAGAGAGACAAACGAGUGCGUGUGCGUGUGUGUAUGUGUGUUGGGGGGGAAUACGUGUGGGGCUGUCUACCGGUCAGUGGGCUCCAAAAACACAGCGAGCCGCAGACAGGUCGGCGGGCAUACAUGCGUGACGGAAAAAGAGACGUGACGAUGAUGCAUGGUGUAAGGGCAGAGCGAGAAGCACAGUGCGUGCACAAAGAUGCCUUUAUGCUGGUUCGAGUGAUGAUGACAGGAGAGACAAAUCGAGGGCUGUGUCCAGUAGAUGCUGUGUGGCGGCUUUCUCAUUCUCAUUGUGUGAUUGGCUGGCUCUCCUGUCUCUAAUUCUUCUACGUGGGGGUGGCCCUGUGUCUCGUCUGUGUGUGGUGAGUGAGCGAGUGAG